AUGGAUCACCGCAACUACAAGUUAAUAGUUCUCUUACUUGCUCUGAUUGCAGCUGCUCUAAGUGAGGUCCUUGGCGAGGACAGUAGCGAAGUAGUUGAGCCAGUAGAAUCGCUGACAGAAGAACUCUGUUCCAAGAAGCGCAAUGGCUGCUGCUCGGACUUUUUCAUGGGCGACAAUCCCAAUAUGCUAAAGUGCAUGGCGAUUCACUCGGCCAAAAUGCCAGAUGCCGAUGAUGAGGAUGUGGGCAAGCUGAUGAAGUUCAUGUCGUGCUUUGUGGAGUGCUUCUACAAGAAGAGCAAGUUCAUUGGAAAAGGCGACACGCUCAACAUGAAGAUGGUCAAAUUGGAAGCGGAGACGUUAUACGGGGAACGUCCGAAAGAGAAGGAAUACUUUGUAAAGUCAUAUGAGCACUGUCGCACACAUGUUCAAACCGAGUUCAAUCUGAUGAAGAACACGCCAGGGUCGAAGGCUUUGCUGAAAAACACCUGUCGACCCUUCUUUAUGUAUCUGCACAUGUGCGUCAUGGAGUAUCAUCAGAAGUAUGAAUGUCCUUAUUUCCGCUGGAAGCCGGACAUGUUGUCCGGUAAGGAUUCCAGCUGCAAGGAGGCGAGAGCCAAGUGUUACGCGAUUGAUGGCAUAAAGCCGCCGCUCAUGGACAUGCUGUAG